UUCUGACUCCUGCUAGCUAGACUCUGAUUGGAACUGAAACAUUGCUGUGGACCCGCUUGGCUUUGACUCUAUUGUAAACCCUGUGUGGUGUCUUCAGUGUGGACCCGAAUGGCUGUGACUCUGUUUCAGUGUGGACCCGUAUGGCUUUGAGCGGUCAAAGGACUUUGACUAUGAGUCGUAUGAGGAGCUGAUGUCAGAGUACCUGGCCGUGCUCACCAGAAGGUCCAUCAGGUGGUCCAAGCUGCUGCAGGGCCGGGGACGGCUGGAGAAGAGUAUCAAGGUGAAACGGUAUGUGCGUAAGGGCGUGCCCAACGAGCACCGAGGGUUGACCUGGAUGGCAGCCAGCGGGGCCCAGGAGCACCUGGAGAAGAACCCAGGCUACUAUCACUCUCUACUGGACACUACGAAGCAACAGCACGACCCCAAGCUGGUGGACUCCAUACGCACAGACUUGAACAGGACCUUUCCUGACAACGUCCAGUUCCGCAAGACGUCGAACCCGUGUCUCCAGAAAACCCUGUACAACGUGCUGCUAGCGUACGGACACCACAACCCGGCUGUGGGCUACUGUCAGGGCAUGAACUUCAUCGCUGGGUACCUCAUUAUCAUCACUAAAGAUGAAGAGAAAUCAUUCUGGCUGAUGGACGCUCUGCUGGGCAGGAUACUACCAGACUACUACACCCCGGCCAUGCUGGGUCUGAAGAUGGACCAGGAGGUUUUAGGGGAGCUGGUGAGGACCAAAGCCCCAGUUGUGUGGCAGGCCAUGGGGCAACACAACGUCAUGUGGACCCUGGUGGUCUCCAGGUGGUUCAUCUGCCUCUACAUAGACGUCCUGCCUGUAGAGACGGUUCUGCGUAUCUGGGACUGUCUGUUCUACGAGGGUUCUAAGAUCCUGUUCCGUGUGGCUCUGACAUUGAUAAGGAACCAGCAGGCUGAGGUCCAGCAGGCUGGUUCCCUGCCUGACGUCUGUGACAGCUUCAAACACAUGACCAGAGGCCCCUAUGUAGAGGACUGCCACACCUUCAUGCAGAAAAUCUUCACGGAACCCGGAAGCCUCUCCAUGGCAACCAUCACCAAGCUCCGGGAGAUGUGUCGAGCACGCAUCAUCGCUGAGGAGUCCUGACCCCAUCCUCCUGACCUGUCAAUCAAACACUACACAUUCCGGGCUGGGUCCCAACACUCCUUAAUGGUCUCCUCUCUUUGGCUCCUAUCCCUCACUGUUGGGACAGUCCCUAGACUGUUUUGCCUGACUACCAUGUAGCUAUGUAGACUACCAUGUAUGGAGACCACCAGAGGUGAAAGUAAGGCGGUACGUCCGGUAUGGAGUACCGGCAAAAUAAUUAGUAGCUAUCCUGUGGAGGUACACCGUACUGGUUAAACAUGAGCCUAUCACAAUAAGGAACAACAAAGACGGAAAGGAAACUUUUGGCUAUUACACUAUCAAUACCACAUGAAAGUCGCAUGAAAAAAAAACACAAUUGUGAAUGGACAUGGAAAAACGUAUGGAAUACGCUCCAAAAUGCGGUGUGGUUCGGCCAUAAGUGACAUUUUGCAAAGGCAGAGAUGAUUGGCCGAGACCGAGGCGGUCGGACAGCAGUGGACAUAUCAAUGCAGGUUACCAGUCUGCUGUAGCCCUGAUAAAUGACCAUCACUGGAUAUCAUUCAUUACACCUUUUUGCUGUCUUUCCAUUCAUCAAAUGGCAGGUGCACAGUGCGCUGUAGAGAUGCAGGAAUUCAAAAUGGUUUUCAGUCCAGCAUUGGUCAUAAUCUGUGUUUGGGAAACCACCCCUAGAUGUAUUUAGUUCAUGUAGACCUGAAUGUAUACAUGUAGCUAGAUAGAUGGCGUGCUUGUCUUAAAUCUCACCCUGCUAACUGACGAUUCCAUUGUGUCCCCCAAAUGGCACCCUAUUCCUGACGUAGUGCAAAAGUAGUGCACUAUAUAGGGAAUAGGGUGCCAUUUGAGCCACAACUCAUGUGAGAUUCAUGUUGCCGCCUGAAGCUAGUCUUAACAGGAGGAAGACCAUUUCAUUUAAGAAAAAUAUUUGAAUUCUAUGACUUUGCACUUUUCUCCUCCCAGAGUGGAUGAGAUCACUGAUGACGUUGGGAAGUAGACUUGACGCGUAUGGUACGUUGUUGAGCGUAUGGUACGUUGUUGAGCGUAUGGUACGUUGUUGAGCGUAUGGUACGUUGUUGAGCGUAUGGUACGUUGUUGAGCGUAUGGUACGUUGUUGAGCGUAUGGUACGUUGUUGAGCGUAUGGUACGUUGUUGAGCGUAUGGUACGUUGUUGAGCGUAUGGUACGUUGUUGAGCGUAUGGUACGUUGUUGAGCGUAUGGUACGUUGUUGAGCGUAUGGUACGUUGUUGUACAUUGUACAUGAAUGAUGAAGUGUCCGUUGUAGUUCACUAGCCCCAGUCUUUGAACACCAGACACUAUUAAAUAAGCUACUCUGACUCUCCUCCUUCA